AUGGCGAACGUUCGGGAUAGUGACACAUCUUUGUGGCUCCACAAUAAACUCGGAACUUCGAAUGAUUCGUGGACUACCGGUUCAAUUUGCACACAAUUAAAUGCGGAAGUUUUAAAAAAUAUCAAGGAUUGUUUUCCAGAUUUGCAAACGCAAGUGAAACUCAAAUUGUUGCUUAGUUUCUUUCAUAUCCCGCGCAGAAAUGUUGAAGAGUGGAAAAAUGAGCUGGAAGAAAUUAUUGAAGUGGCGGCGGUGGACUCUGACCUCUGGGUGGCGAUGCUUGCCGAGGUCCUCAAGACAUUUCCCUCCGCGGGCACUCUUAAUACCGAGAUAGCAGAAUUCGACGAGACCAGGCCUAUAUUCAGUGAUAUGAUCAAUGAAUUGAGGAAAUCGCUGGCCAAACAUUCAGAUCUGGGACUGUUGCCACUUGAGUGCCUGUAUUUAAACAAAAAUGCCUUAGUUUCAGUGGUGGGCCAGCAGCCCAACCCAGUGAAACAUUUUACGCUUAAACGUAAACCGAAGUCGGUAGCGUUAAGGAGUGAACUGCUAGCGAAGGCUGCGGAGGUACAAGCUAAUCAGAAGAAGGCACAAACGCCAACAGUGCCUGUGAGGAGUCGAGGCAUGCCGAGGAAAAUGACUGAUACAACGCCGCUAAAAGGCCUGCCGUCCCGCUGGGCGGCCCGGAGCGGGGCCCGAGCUGUCCCCGCGCCCCCGGCGGGCCGCCCGCCGCCACGUGCUGGUAUCAAGCUGCUAGAUAUCACGGAACAGCCCGCCACGCAUGCGCAGAUCAAGAAGAGAAGGAAGCUUGAAAUGGAAGAGGGUGUCAAAAAGGCUCCCCCCGCUUCGCCGCCGCCGCCUGACUUCAAAACCGCCAAGACUGAAGAACAACCUGCAACAACGAGCACAGACGCGACAGCGGAACCGGAAGCGGAACCGGCGGAAAGCGCGGGAUCCCCGCAACCCGCCGCGCAACCGCAACCGCAACCUGCGCCCGCGCAACCGCCGCCAUUGCUGUUGCAACAGGGCGGCGCGAACAAGGGGCUGGUGGUGGGCGGCGCGCCCAAGCUGGUGCUGGCGGGCAAGCCGGUGCUGGUCUCCGCGCAGAACCUGCUCAACACCUCCGCGCUCAUCCUGCACCAGGGCGGCAAGGCGGUGCUGCUGCAGAACAUCAAGCCGGUGACGCAACAAGUUGUACAACAGACGCCGCAACCGAUACAACAACACACGACAUUACCGCAUACGGUGCAACUCCAACAACCGGUGCAACAAAUACAACAGCAACCGGCAGCGCCGCAGCAACAACCGCAGCAGCAGCAACAACAGCAACAGCCAGCAACGACGCCGGCCAACCAGCCGGGACAGCCGUUGUUGCCAAGACGUGGGCUGUCGCUUACGCGCGAGCAAAUGUUAGAGGCUCAGGACAUGUUCCGUAACGCGAACAGAGUGACGAGGCCCGAGAAGGCGCUCAUAUUGGGCUUCAUGGCUGGAUCCAGAGACAACCCCUGUCCAAACCUCGGCAACAUAGUGACAAUAAAACUCUCAGAGAACAUAGAAAAUGUCCUACAAUCAGACGACACGUACCUCACAAUGCUCUCCGAGAUGCACUUCCAAAUGAACUACAACAACGGCCAGUGGACCAGGCUCAAGAAGUACAGGCAUAUAGACGGCAUGGUCCCGCAGAAGAUCCCCCCAGGGUCCACGGUUAUAUCGGCCAAUAAUCAACAGCCUGUUGUGUCGAUAGCCAAUCAGAGUGUUAGUUAAGUGACUCAGUGUAGUGUAUAAAGUGUUAAAGUGACAGUGCGGCCAUGGAAAAAUGUGUAUUUAUGUGAGCGAACAAUGGAACGAUCAGGUAAUUUGGAGUGAAAUAGGAUUUGAAAUGGGCGUUCGCAAUGGGCAGCGUUGGCCCAACAAAUAAUCAUUGUGGUAGAAGGAAGGUGGAAUACCUCCAUGGAAAAAGAGAGGAUCCUCGAACAGUCUACUGGACUGGCCGACUGGACUAGGCCACAAUCUGGUUUCCAUAACACAAGCGAAAGCUUAGUAUGGGAUCAGAUCAUGCCGUGUGUGAAAAUUGUCCUGAAAUAUGAAAAAAAAUUGUCCCGAAAAUAUUACGGUGAUUGUGAAUAAACGUCUACAGUGAUGGUUGAUCAUAAACAUUUAGGAUCUACACUAUCGUGAUUGCCAGUACUCGCCCUACACUGCCCAUUGUGAAGAGGGCCCUAAACUAAAUGGUUAUAAGCUAGAUGUUUUGUGUUAGCGAUUUGGUUUUAUACAAUAUAAACUUAUACUGUUUAUUUAUAUCAGAAAUUAUUGAAAAGUAAUAUGGAUAAAUAAGUACAGAUUUUUUGUGUAGUCUAUGGAUCUCAAAAGAUAAGAUUAGACUAUUGGUUGAAUUUGAAACGAAUGGAAUUAACUAAAAAUGGAACAGAACAGUAUGUCUGAAUAUGAAAUAUUUAUAAGUGUUAUAAUAUUAUAGAAUAGGCAAUGAAAAUGGAACGAGAAUUUUAGAAGAAUCGAAACGGAAGGAUAUAUUUUAACUGAAUACUGAACAGUUUAUUAUCUAGGAUAAAUAAUAUGAUCCUCUCAAUGUAAUUGAGCCUGAGAUGACCGCCUCCUUGGUAAAGUGGUUGACGCGUGAGCGUAGCACCGAGGGGUCCUGGGUUCAAUUCCCAGUGUAGACAAAGAAAAAAAAAUGUCUCAG